AGUCGCGAUGUCACACUCAUCCAAACAACACAGCACAACAUAUGGCACAUUUUGGUUUCGCGUUCUCUCUCCCUUCCAAUACAUUCGUUUCAUUUUUCUAUUGUGAAAUUAUUCGCCAACUUUAUCUAUUCCCAGAGAUUUUAUGUAUUUGAUAGUUGGUUUUAUUUUUAAAUCGAAGCUCAGAAAUUUUAUAAAUAUUUGUGUAAUGUGACCAAAAGAAAUUAGAUUGUAAAUAAAUAAUAAUUUCGUGUGUAACAACAAAAUGUGAAUUUUGAUAAUCAAUGAAAAAAAAAAUGUCAUCAUCAUCGGAUUCAGACCCAUUUGCAGAGUGUGCACACAAAGAGGAAGCCAUUCGUUGCUAUUUGAAGCGAUUGGACGAAAUAAAAGAGAUUGCUAAGCAAGAAUAUGGAAUCGAAUCUUGUGAAUUUGACGAAAUGUUCAGAAAUGAGUUCCUUAACGAACGACUGGGUACAACGCCCAUUCCAAUCGCACACUCAAAACAUGGAUUUAGUCAAUUUCCCGUACACUACUUGACGAUGUGUUUCAUUAAAUACGUUUACAGUCAAUUAAGACGAUACAUGGUAUACAUUGCCGUUUUAGCAAUUCUACUCACUCUAGUCAAUUAUCGCGCGGAGCUAACACGAGUGUUUAUGCGUAAUAUUCAAGUGUAUAUUUAUCCGGGGAUGAGACUAUGGCGCAAAUUGACUAUGCCAAUAAUUCGACAAUUUCCACAACUCACGCAACUUUAUGAUGAAACAUGCUUGAUAUCGAAUCCAUUUUUUCGUGUCGCCAAUUUGGAUUGUUCACCGUGUGCUGAUGUUAUCAAUGUUGUUGAUUUAACGAUAGCACCACAUUUCGACUUUGUUGGCAGUAAUAUUCCACAUAUCAUAAAACAGAUCGAUGGCACCAAUAAAUCCGUUGCACGAAUUCAUCGGCUAUAUCAACGCAAUCGUGAUAUGUUCCGUAGUGAAGCGGACAGAAUCUAUUCAUCCGAUGGCAGUAUUGCGAAUCUUGAUCAAUUGUUCGAUGUGAUGUUGAACAAAAGUGGAAAAACGACCGCAAAGAGUAUUCAUAUUUUAUGGCGAAUAAAUCGCAUGACACCGGGUCGUAUAUUGCGUGCAUUGUUUCCUGCACCGAAGGCAAUACCACAGCAUGCUGGUAUUGAUAUUGAGCGAUACGUUGCAUUUGAUAUGAACGGUGGCGUUACAUAUCAAUUACCCAGCACAGAUUGUUCCAAUAUGUUUGUUCAUCAAGCCAUUGGCUCACGAAUUAUUCAUCUGAAACCAACCGUUGAGUGCGAAGACCAAUGCCGUCGAAUCAGCGUUAAGCUGAAGGAAAACCAAACAUUGUUCUACGACUGGUGGUAUUGGAAACCGAUAUCGUCACCUGCUCAACAACUCAUAAAAACAACAUCCGUUUCAUACAUUGGAUCGUAUUGUAUAUAGCGAAUGAAUAUGAAAUUCAAUUUCCAAUUGAGAAUGUGAAAAAAAAACUAACUCGAAAAAAAAACGAAAACUCCAAAGUGUUCCAAAGUCUAAAUGGCAAUCUAGUUUAUAUUUUUAUUGAAUUCGUAUUUUUUGUCUCGUAUCUUAUCAAAUUGUUUGUUUGGGAGAUUUUAAUCAUAUUUAUUUAAUUUGAAAUUUGGUCAAAAUGAUGUCUACCGAUGUCUACAAAUCCACUCUAAAACUAACACAGUUCAUAGAAUUCUAGGGUUGUAUUUAUGGUUUUGUUUGUAUUGUUUUUUUUUUUAUUCUACUAGUUGAUUCUUCUCUAGUUGUACAAGUGGAAAAGUUUCGAAUAGUUUAACUCAUUGCCAAAAAAAAAAUGGUCUUGUCUCCAUUGAAUCUUGUAUACUUUUUUUUUAAAUACAAAAUAAAUAAAUUAGUUCUUU